GCUAGUCAACAAGUCAAACAGGAAGAAAAUGAAGAAGAACCGACAAACCACAACAUAAGAAGAGGAGGAUAAACAUGCAGCGAGGGCAUCAAGAAAAGGACAACAUGGAUGAGCUGCCUUCAACAAGGUUUAUCCUGCUGGGAAAAUCUGGAGCAGGAAAAAGCAGCCUGGGUAACACCAUUUUUGGAGAAGAUGCGUUCAAGAUAAACUACUCCCCAGUAUCCGACACAGGUCUUUCUCGUGCAGUAACCAGAUCCGUCCAUGGACGAAGAAUCACUCUGAUCGACACUCCCGGUUUCUUCGAUACAGAGAGGUCUGAGGAGGAGAUGAAGCCGGAGAUAGUGAGGUGUAUCACAGAGUGCACACCUGGGCCUCAUGCUUUCCUCAUUGUGCUCAAAGUGGAGAAAUUCACCAAGCAUGAGCGAGCUGUCGUCGACAAGGUACGCCAAAGCUUCUCUGAGGACGCCUUAAAGUACUCUGUCAUUGUCUUCACUCAUGGUGACCAGCUCUCUGAAGACAUAAAAAUCCAGCAGUUUGUCAGACAGAAUGAAAAUCUGAAUGAUCUGGUGCAGAAGUGCGGAGGUCGGUGCUGUGUUGUUGACAAUAAGUACUGGAAAACAUGUGAAGAAGACAGCUACAGGAGUAACUCCUUCCAGGUGGCGGAGCUUCUCAACACCGUGGACAAGAUGAUCGAGGCGAACAAAGGAAGCUACUACACGAACGACAUGCUGAAGGAAGUGAAGAGAGAAAUGCAGAGAGAGGAGGAGCGCAUUAGAAGGACAUCGGAACACAUGUCACAGGAAGAGGUUAGAGAUCAAGCUAUAGUCGGUACUGUUGACUGGUUAAUGAUCAAAUCAGCAGGUAUUGUAACAGGGGCAUUGCUUGAAGUUCUGCUAGGUGUGACAUUUGCGUUUACAUCAGAGGGAGGAACAGCAACAGUUGUAUCAGCAGCUCCAGGCUGGGUACUAAAGGGUGGUAUGAGAGGAUACAACGCAUCUGAAGGGGCAACAAGUCCAACAGAAGCCAUGCAGAUGACAGCAGAGGACGUCAAGAAACAGUUUGGGAUUGCAGCAAGUAAAAAAAAAAAGUGAAGAUUUGACAUUGAAGAGAGUGAAUUAUGAGGUUGACGUUUUUAAUGUAAGACGUUCCAAGUUUCAGCAUUUGUACUAGUAUGAUUACAAAAACACUCUCACUAAUGCAACCAAAUAUGAAGUGCUACUAAACUCUACAGGUUUAGGCCAAAUUGUUGUGACACCUCCCAUUACAAUUAUGAGUACUUGUGUGCAAUACAAUAUAGGAUCAAUAGUUAUUGGAUAACAGAGACUGUAUUAAAAGACGGACAAUGGCUAC